AUGGUGUCCAGAAGAACGCGCAAGAAGCGGAGAACAGAAGAUUUUUCGAGCUCGUCCGAAUCGGACAGCGAGAGCUCGUCGAAUGAGGACACUUUAAGACAUAAGAGCGUGUCGGUCAAAGAAGAGGACGACAGUAGUGAACUUGCUCACGACUCAGAGCCAGACCCUGGGCCAGACUCUGGGCCAGACUCAGAUGUGGACCGUCCACAAACGGAGACUAGGGAGACUAGGGAGACUAGGCAGACCAGGCCUACGGCAGCCAGUUCGGUGCCGGACGGAGUUCAGGAGGCGCUGAACCAACUGAACACCACUCUUCCCAACAUCUCCAAACAGGUGAACAUGACUUUACGCUCGGCAUUGACGUCAGCCACUGCAACGAUCGGCGCAGCGCGCAAUCAGCUUGACAGCCAGUAUCUGAACCAGGCGGUGAACACGUACUCGGGAGACUUAGAUGUUUUACGUCAAGGUCGCAACACGUUGGACGAAUCGCUCAAGACGAUUGCAAACGUGCUAAAGGCCACCUCAAACCUGUUUGACGAUGAGACUCUCAGGUCGAUGGUGAACCGACAACCCUGA